GUGGAGCAGAACGUCUCGUGGUUGAUGCUGCUACCGGUUUAAAAGCCAAAGGCCAUAAUGUAGUUAUUUAUACUUCUCAUCACGAUCGUGAACAUUGUUUUGAAGAAACUAAAGACGGCAUGGCAAAUUGCAUCGUUGUGAAUAGCAUUUUCACAUCUAACGUGUUUCGUGAAUCUUUUCCCAACAUAAGAAAGGCACCUCAAGUUCUCUACCCUGGAAUACAUUUUGAAGCAUAUGAGAAAAAAGUGGACGUUGAUGAUCUCUAUGUUAAGAUUUUAGAAAGCUCGAAAGUGACAAUUUUAUCAAUUAAUCGCUUUGAACGAAAAAAAAAUAUCGUGCUUGCUAUACGUGCUUUUGCAAGAUUACGAGAUGAUGAUAUGGUAUCAGAGAAACAAUUUCUCAGCAUGCGUUUGGUAAUUGCUGGUGGCUAUGAUCAUCGUGUGCAAGAAAAUGUGGAUCAUCAUAAAGAAUUGGAUCGAGUAGCUUCAAGACUGGAACUCGAAACUUUUACAAUUAUGCCCGGUUCGACAACACAUCCACCAGAAUCGGCACAAGCAAUGUAUGCUCGUUUACCUGUAAUUGCAUGUAAUAGUGGUGGCCCAAGAGAAACUAUUCGAAAUGGUAUAACGGGCGUUUUAUGUUCACCUACGCCUCUGGAAUUUUCGGAAGCGAUAGCUGAUUUUAUUUCAGGUGUACAUGACCGUGAAGUUAUGGGUGAUAAUGGGAGAGAACACGCUCAAAAAAAUUUUUCUUUGACUACUUUUGUCAAUUCUCUAGAACUCAUUUUAAUGAAUUUAGUGCAGGAUCCUUCAAGAUCAAGAAAAUUACAAGAUCCGCAACAUCAGGCAUCUCUAUUAAAAGUAAUAAUUCUAGGUCUCAUUGCUGCUGUAGCAAUUUCUAGUAGAUUAUUUAGUAUUAUUCGCUUUGAAAGUGUUAUUCACGAAUUUGAUCCAUGGUUUAAUUAUCGGACAACUCGCCGUUUGGUUCAAACAAACUUUUAUGAAUUUUGGAAUUGGUUCGACGAACGAUCGUGGUAUCCGUUGGGCCGUGUUGUCGGUGGAACGGUUUACCCUGGUUUGAUGGUGACUUCAGCUACUAUACAUAACAUUCUUCACGCGCUCAACUUUCCCGUUGAUAUACGCAACAUAUGUGUACUGUUAGCUCCUUUAUUUUCAGCUUUCACUGCUGUUGCUGCAUAUCUUUUGACUUCUGAAAUGAAGGAUUCUUCUGCUGGUCUUUUGGCUGCUGCCUUUAUUGGGGUAGCUCCCGCAUAUUCUUCUUUUUAUGUUCUUGGUACUUUAAUGUCAAUGCAAAUCCCUUUUGUUGGAUUUCAACCAACAAGAACAAGUGAACAUAUGGCUGCCUUAGGAAUAUUUGGAUUGUUACAGAUCAUUGCUUUUGUCGAACUCGUAAGAAGUCAUCUUGCGUCCAAUCAAUUUCAAGUUCUUUUUAAAGGCUUUAUUUUUAUUGCCUUCAUUUUGAUGUUUUCAGCAUUAGUCUUAUUAACAGUUGGUGGAUACAUUGCUCCAUGGACUGGUCGGUUUUAUUCAUUAUGGGACACUGGAUACGCAAAGAAAUAUAUUCCUAUAAUUGCAUCUGUUUCAGAACAUCAACCAACGGCAUGGCCUUCUUUUUUCUUUGAUCUUGAAAUGUUAAUUUUCCUUUUCCCCGCUGGAAUAUACCUUUGUUUCAAAGAAUUACGUGACGAACAUGUUUUUGUCAUUUUAUAUGGCAUCACUGCAUCUUAUUUUGCUGGGGUCAUGGUUCGUUUAAUGUUAACUCUGACUCCAAUUGUUUGUGUUUCUUCUGCUAUUACAGUCUCUCGAUUAUUGGAUACUUAUCUUGACUAUAGCGUUGUGAAUCCAGAAACUUCUGAACCAGCACCUGUUGUAGAGAGUAAACCUAAAGAUAAGCAUAAAAAAGUUGGUGAUAGUUCUCGUUCAGCGGCAACAUCCACAAAAUCUGAAAAAAAGAAAAAAAAAGAACAAUUUUUUGGUAUAAUUGGAAAUGAUACUCGUGGAUUAAUUCUUUUAAAUUUCUUUUUCUUUUUGGUAAUUUUUAUUUGGCAUUGUACAUGGGUAACGUCUAAUGCUUAUUCAUCACCUUCAAUUGUACUUGCUUCUCGACAAGCUGAUGGAUCACAAUAUAUUAUUGAUGAUUUUCGUGAAGCUUAUUAUUGGCUACGAAAGAACACUGAUGAUUCUGCAAAAGUUAUGUCAUGGUGGGAUUAUGGUUAUCAAAUUGCUGGUAUGGCAGAUAGAACUGUUUUAGUAGAUAAUAACACUUGGAAUAAUACACAUAUUGCCACUGUUGGCAAAGCAAUGUCAUCUUCUGAAGAUGUUGCAUAUGAAAUAAUGAGACGACAUGAUGUAACUCAUGUACUUGUUAUUUUUGGUGGUUUAUUGGGAUAUUCUGGUGAUGAUAUUAACAAGUUCCUUUGGAUGAUUCGUAUUGCUGAAGGUGUUUACCCUGAUGACGUAAAAGAAGGAAACUUUUUCACCGCACGUGGUGAAUAUAGAGUUGAUAGUGAAGCUACACCGACAAUGCGAAACAGUAUUAUGUAUAAAAUGAGUUAUUAUAAUUAUAAUGAACUUUUUGGUGGCCAAGGGCAGGAUCGUGUUCGUGGAGCUCGAUUACCUGCAGACAAAAUUAAAUUGAGUACUCUUGAAGAAGCAUUUACAUCAGAAAAUUGGAUUGUAAGAAUUUAUAAAGUGAAAGAUUUAGAUAAUAUUGGUCGUCAUUUGGAACAAGCUGCUAAUUUUGAAGCAG